AUGACCGUGACGAACCUUCCUGGAAAAAGUCAAAGGAAGCCACCCUCUGAGCAACGGAAGAAACCAAAGCCAGUGGUUGCUCCCUCGAUUGCACAAGGCAUGAAGCUGCAACCAGAGGGCACCGUGUCCGCCUAUGUGCCCGAUAUCGUGGACGCCACCGAGCCCACCGUUCCCAUGCAGGCCACUGAACCUCCCUCGUCUGGCAGCAGCGGUCCAGGACAGACUACAGGACAGGGAUGGGUGAAUGUAAACCGGGUCCAAUAUGAAAAACUGCACCCCAAAAGUCAUAGCGCGAAUGAGACAUCGCUGAAGGUGAGCGAGCUGGAGAUACAACAGAGAAGGGGUGAAAGGCUUAGGAAUGCGAGGUCGCACAAAGAUCUCGAGAAUCCAAGAGAAAGAGACGAAAUGCGACGGCAGGGCACCCACCCAAUGAGCAACAAUCAUGCGAUGAGCAACAAUUAUGGGACUCUUGGAGGCGGGGGAUACACCAAAGAGGUGGAUUUGUCAAAUGGAAAUGCAUUCGCGAAUCAUUUUCCGUACACAGCCGCGCCUCCCAUGAAGCAGGGGAAACAAUUGCAUAAUAAUGGGCACGAAAUCAACGUGGAGACAGCCUUGACGAACUUGAGUCUCAACGACCAUGUCGGUUCGACCAGGGGAGGCUCAGCCGUCCUUCAAAGCUCGCGGCUCCCACCACAUGCCAACCAAGCUGAGCCAAAGAAGCUUCAGCUGGUUGAACAAGAUCAAUCUCGUGGUAAACACCAGAAUGUGGCUGAUGAUGCAGAUGUGUACGACCCGAGCCUUAUGGACGUGUGGGCGGGGAAGCCACAAACGAGUGGACCACAUGGCAAUGCAAUAGAGUCAAAUCCAAAUAAUGUGCCCCUGGUUAAUGUUGAACAAAAUGUCCGACCGACACAUGCAGAGAACCAAAGUUCAAAGUCGCUGAUGCCCGUCGAGCAAAAUGCUGCUUCUACUGCGUCAUCAACAGUCGACAAAGUCAACAAGUUCGCCUCAUUAGACAGCGAGAACAGACCUUUAUUUAGAAGAAGACGGCUAAGAUCUUUGCUGGGUUUUCCAACAAGUAUACCAACGAGUCUCACCACUAAAGCUUCUUCACCACCACGACCGUCUCAUGAUUAUGGCGCUAGCAUCAUGACACCAAGAGCUAAACGCAGGUCAUAUAGCUUGCUGCAGCUUCCACCUCGAACUCCCCGAAGACGGAGUGUGAGUGGCGCCCAUACCACUCCAACGAAACCAAGACGCGCUUCACAUGAGCUUCUAAUGCGGAUGCGCUCAGGUGAAUUCAACCUGCGUAUGCAACUAACUUCAGAGCCUCGUAUCUCGCCGACGUUGACGUCGACGAGGGAGCGCGACAUGGGGAAAGAGCAGCGGCUGCUUUCAACUGAGAUCAAUGGUACGACCUCUGGUUUGGAUAACGUACCUCCGCCUGCGAUGACGGUUUCAAAACUUCAUUCAGUGAUACCAUCACCCCAAAAGUCCAACUUACAGCACCCCUCUUCUGAUGCGCAAUCAAUCAAUUCUGGCGAACAAUUCUCAAAUGCGCCAAACGGCAGUUUGACUAAAGUGAAACUGGCUCCUACGAGGCCUCAUACUUCGUUCGACCCGAUUGGCACUCUGGAAUUUCAAACUAAUCUUCCGGUAAGCAACAACAACAUACCAAAUGGACUGCAGCUGGACCAUCUCGGGCCCUCACAAAAUGCCUCAAAUUUCACGUCGCAACUUCCCAACGGUGACUCCUUCAACUCCUCACAGCAGCAACCGGAUGAUCAAAAUAAUGACUUGACUUUUGUUACAAUUGUCUCCGAUGAUUACUUGAAAACGCGCAAAACUAGACAUUCUGAAAUUGUACCAUCGAAAACCACGUUCACGAAGCGAGACGUAACUCAAUACCAAAAGCGCCAUACAAUCGAUCCCAAUCCCCGCUACUUUGCUUUCUACAACCGGUUUGUUCACGAUGCAUUCAAUCCGGCUCAAGUUGAAUCUAGCGAUAAGCUCUCGGCGCUGAAGAUAAGUUUCGACGGCUCAUAUAGCAUUGACGACGACAGCAGGCCAGGUCAAGUCUGGACGGUUUGGGAUAAAGAAAUGUUUUUCAAUUUACUUGCCAGGUACAGCAUACACCAAGUCGAUUUGAUUGCAUCUCAAAUGGCCAAAAAUGAAUUGGAAGUGUUGACUUAUUAUAACUUGCUCAAAUCUCAAUUGAAAAAAUUGAAAAAUGGAGAAUGGAAACAGCAUGCCGAGGGAAGUAAGCCUAGUUUGAAAAAGAGGAGACGUGGGUUGGUUAAAUACGAGGAUAUGCCCAUUGCUUACGAGAUGCUGCCGUUUUUCGUCAAGUAUGAAGAUGAACAAAGUGAAGCUGUGGAAAAGAGAUUAGAUGAAGACCGAAUGGAAAAGUUGGAAGAGAUGGGUGAAGAAGAGUACAUUCGACAGCUAACGCGCACCGGCAUGGACGAAGCAUCAGCUGUAAUUGAUCGCACCGACUUGGAUGUCGAUGAUCAAUCCUUUGCCAUGCUUGAAAAUCUAGUACGAGAUGUAACGAGACGGAUAUUGCUUGAUGUUAUCGUUACCGACUUGAAGCAAGAAGUUGGAUUUGGAGCCGAUGGCAAGAGUUUAAAAGCACAUAACGCCAUCACAGUAGCCCAAAUCCGAGCCAGUUACCAGCGAUUAGAAUUGAAACCGCGCAAGUACCCUUCCAAGUUUACCAUCAAGUACCGGGCCAAGUACCAAAAGCCCCAGCAUGGCAAGUGGGAUCAAUUCGCCGCGCCUCCCGUGAUUGACUACUCGAAACUCGACCCACCCAAAGCAAGUGCAUCGCCGCUGGUGAUGACGAUCCACGACCUCAAACGAAACCAACAGCGCAAGAGGAAAAGAUCACCCGAGUUGGAAGAAGAGCUCGUGGUUGAAGAAACGGCACGACUAGAGCGCCUCGAUGAAGCUCAGCUGCGAUGCUAUCAGCGUGGCUUACUCAAUUUGCUUUCGCCGGGUGAUCGCGAGACCACGGACUGGGAUCAGCGCAAGGCCAACAUUUGGUAUUUUCAGGUUGAAAAAGAAAGAGCAAAGGCGAUGAGAUACGGUAAGGAACGCGGUGCUGAUGUUAUUGACGUUGGCGAAGAAGAAGGAGAAGGAGAAGGAGAAGACGAAGAAGAAGAAGAGGAGGAGAAGUGUGAGGAGUGUUUGCCUAGCCGCAAGCUCAGAAAAGCCAUACGGAGGUUCAGAUAUGAAUAUGCGUCGUAUGGCAGUGACGAGGAUGACGACAACUUGGUUGUGUACGCUAAGAAAGACACGCGAGAUCCGCAACGCCAAUUGAACAGUAACGGAAGUGGGAGUGAAGCGAGUGGAGAUGAGGAUGAUGUGCAUCUGGAUUCGGAUGUGUCAGAGUCCGAGCAUGGAGAGUAA